GUUGGAGCUUUGGAAGACAUUUUCUUUUGUACUUUUGCAAAUUUAUUGUAUUUCUUUUUUAAAUACAUCAAUAAAUAACUAUGUUAGCUCACUAUAUAUAUAUAUAUUUUUUUAUUUUUGUUAUAAAUAAUUUAGGUAUCUUAAUUCUAUAUUUUGAAGUACUUUUCAUCUCUAGAUAAUCAUAAGUGUAUUUUCACUAGCUAGUCACUACACGUAACGAGUCAUCAUCAUUGUCACGUUUAUAAAAAUAUACUAUAAAUGUACUUUUAUUUUGGAGAGAGACUUUAAAGCCAAACAAAGCAGGUAAUCUUUUAUCUGUAUUGUACCCAUAGAUAUACAUACACAUGUGCAUUAGCUGAAAAAAUAAAACAACAAUUAAAUAAAGCCGAAAGCUUUCCCCAAUUAAGAAAUCAUUUAACAUAAGAGUUAGAAAAGUAAAUCUCACAAAAGUGAUAUCUACUGACAUUUUAAACAUAUUUUCAAUAAUUAGUUUUACCCAUUAAUUCACAAAUUAUCACAUAAAACUUUGAUAUGUCAUUGGACUAUACGCUGUUAUUUGAUUUGGCAUAAUACUUAACUUUGAUAAGUUAAACUGCUGUAAUAAUAUAAGUAACAAUCAAUUAGUAUAAAACUAGCAUGAGUCUUGUGGCUUACGAGAACUACUUUUUUCAAAGUGGCUUGCUAAAUACUCAUUGUUUUGUGUGUUUAAUUCGUUUCAGCUAGCAAUCAAUUUGUCACUUAUUAACCUAACCAUAUAAGCUUGGAUAUCAGUAGUAAAGUUUUAUCCAAGUUAAAAUAGCUAAGACUAAAAGAAUGCACAAACAGAAAUGACUAUAAGCGAGUAUUUUGGCUUUGAAUGAGACUUGUGGUGAUUAGUAAAUAACUAGAUACAUACAACAGAACUAUAACACUGUUUCCAGCUUGCAACUAUUUAGAAGUCUUCACUAUUUAUACAAAAUAAAAAUUGUUUUAUUAUCGUGAAAGAAGAAAAAAUAUAGUUAAUACUAUAUGUUGUAUUUUAGGAAAUAAUGAAUGAGGGUGGAAUCAUGCAAGGCUAAUGGCUAAGCAAUAGUGUGGUCUUGUGUUGUGCCAGCUAGGAACCCCAAGGGGAUCCAAAGAACCUCGCAAAGGGUAUAUCCGCCAUUGACCCUCAUCUUCUAUUACACAACUCUUCCGUAUUUAAGACACUUCAACUCUUCACAUGACUUUCAAAAAUCUCCAUCUUCUCUCGUGUUUGGCUGUGUAUAUAUAUAUAUUAAAUAUUUAUUUAAUUUUCUGGAUCAAGAAGAGAGAAAAGUUCUGAUUGUCUCACGAAAACUCCUACAACAAUGGCGGUUUAUGUCGAGAAGAAACACUGGUGGCUCCGUAACAAGAAGAUCGUGGAUAAGUACAUGAAGGAAGCGAAGAAUCUGAUAGCGAGCCAAGAUCCAAACGACGUCGAAUCAGCUCUAAACCUCCUCGACUCUGCUCUCUCCGUCUCUCCUCGCUACGAGCUCGCUCUCGAGCUCAAAGCCAGAUCGCUUCUCUACCUCCGUCGAUUCAAAGACGUCGCAGAUAUGCUCCACGAUUACAUUCCGAGCCUUAAAUUCUCCGGAGAAGACUCCGGCAUCGGUUCGUCCGAAUCGUCUCGAGAAUCGGUUAGCCUUCUGAACGAGUUGCCGAGUCACGGUGGUGAGUCUGGUGACUCGUCUUUCAAAUGCUUCUCCGUCUCCGAUUUGAAGAAGAAAGUCAUGGCAGGGUUGAGUAAAAACUGCAACGAACAAGGGCAGUGGAGAUACUUGGUUCUUGGUCAAGCUUGUUGCCAUCUUGGUUUAAUGGAGGACGCGAUGGUUCUUCUCCAAACCGGUAAACGGUUAGCCACCGCAGCCUCCCGUCGUCAGAGCAUAUCAUUAUCCGACGACAGCUUCAUCCUCUUCUCCUCCUCCUCCGACGGCGGCGGCUCCUCGCCUCCCUCCUCCGCGCGAUUCCUCACCGAAUCCGAUCACGUGCUAUCUCACAUUAAGCUCCUCUUGCGCCGCCGCGCCGCCGCACUCGCCGCUCUCGACGCCGGACUCUACUCCGAAUCAAUCCGCCAUUUCUCCAAAAUCCUCGACAGCCGCCGCGCCGCGCCGCAGGGCUUCCUCGCCGAGUGCUUCAUGCACCGCGCCUCGGCGUACCGAUCCGCCGGGAGAAUCGCCGAGUCCGUCGCCGACUGCAACAAGACCUUAGCGUUGGAUCCGUCGUGCCUCCGAGCGUUGGAGACCAGAGCGGCCUUGCUCGAGUCCGUGCGGUGUUUCCCUGACUCGCUUCACGAUUUGGAGCACUUGAAGCUUCUUUACAAUUCGAUAUUACGUGACCGGAAACUUCCCGGUCCGGUUUGGAAACGGCACAAUGUCCGGUACAGAGAGAUACCGGGGAAGUUAUGCGUUUUGACGUCGAGGAUUCAACAAUUGAAGGAGAGAAUCGCUAACGGAGGAAUCGGAAACGUUGAUUACUACGCUCUGAUGGGAAUCAGACGCGAUUGCUCGAGAUCGGAGCUGGAUCGAGCUUACUUGCUGCUCAAUUUAAAGCAUAAACCGGAGAGAUCAAUGUCGUUUAUUGACCGGUUUGAGUUAACCGAGGACGAGGAGGAAUUAGACUCGGUUAAGGACCGGGCUCGAAUGUCAACUCUAUUACUAUACAGGUUGAUUCAAAAGGGUUACUCCGUCGUGACAAGUGACCUUAAGCAGCGUAGAGUCGCGGGAACGGACACGCCGAUUAGAGCGGGUGCGGCGAAUAAUAAUGUGAAUGUGGUGAAAGGAGUGUUUUGUAGAGAUUUGACGGUGGUUGGGAGUUUGAUUGCACGGACCGGGUUUAACCAACCGAUUCCGGUUAAGUACGAAGCGCUUAGUUGCUGAUUUUGUAUGUACAAUAGAAAAGACAGAUCACAUUGGAUGAAAUUAUGGAUAAUAAGAAUAUUGUCUGCCCGAGAUUUUUUGGAGCUUUCUCACUUGUAUGUUUCUUCUUUAUUCUUCUCUCUCUAUCAAAAAAAUAUAUUUAAUUUGACUU